CACUUUCACUGGUGUUGGACGAAGACGUACAAGAAAAGUAGGUAGAGGGACCUUAGUAGAACGAAAUUGAUACCAGGGUCUCGAAUCUGUGACUUCGUCAGUCAAUGCAAAGCAAAGCUCUGUGGCGAAGCAUAGACCGCAUAUUCGAAUUACAGCGCUCGUGCAGCGAAUGUAAUUGAACUUAGGAAUCGAUCUGAUAGUUAUCGUGUAGUGUGUGCUAAUUGUUCGAAUUAAUUGGUUCUUUUGUGACAGUGAAACUACUAUUAUUUGAUUGGCAACCGUUGGCAAAAUAUAAGACAAAAUGAUACCACGGCCCUGUUGUAAGCUUCGGACUAUAUUUUUUAUAUGCGUUUUAAUUUUAGUCAUCAUCGAAUUAGGAAAUACAGAAAGAGCUACACGAAGAAGACUACGAAGGCCCAGCAACAAAAUAAAAACUAGCGUAUCGAUAUCCAAAGAUCAAGAGGUCUCGUCCAGUGUCAACAGGUUUAAACUGAGGUCCAGGCCGAAUCACAAAAAGACUUCCGACAAUGAUCUUGCCCCUGCGGAGUCCGGCAAAAGAACCAAGGAAGAUUACAAGAUCGUGUGCUAUUACACGAAUUGGUCCCAGUAUAGAACUAAAAUUGGAAAAUUCACCCCAGAGGACAUCCUGCCCGACUUGUGCACUCACAUCAUUUUUGCCUUCGGCUGGUUGAAAAAGGGUAAGCUGUCAUCAUUCGAGAGCAACGAUGAAACCAAGGAUGGGAAGACCGGACUUUACGAGAGGAUCAAUAAAUUGAAAAAGGCAAAUCCCAAGCUGAAGACUCUACUGGCUAUUGGUGGUUGGUCAUUUGGAACACAAAAAUUCAAGGAUAUGUCUAAGACGAGAUACGCUAGACAAACCUUCAUUUUCAGUGCCAUUCCAUUCUUGCGAGACAGGGGUUUCGAUGGAUUGGAUCUCGACUGGGAGUAUCCGAAAGGAGGCGAAGACAAAAAGAACUACGUUUUACUGUUGAAAGAACUCCGCGAAGCCUUCGACGCAGAAGCUCAAGAAAUCAAGAAGCCACGUCUUCUUCUUUCGGCGGCUGUACCUGUAGGACCCGAUAACAUCAAAGCAGGCUAUGACGUUCCAGCUGUUGCAUCUUAUUUGGAUUUCAUCAAUCUCAUGGCUUAUGAUUUCCAUGGAAAAUGGGAAAGGGAAACAGGUCACAAUGCCCCUCUCUAUUCACCCAGUUCUGACAGCCAAUAUCAGAAACAACUCAACGUUGAACAUGCAGCAAACUUGUGGGUUAAACUUGGUGCUCCCAAGGAGAAGAUGGUCAUAGGUAUGCCCACUUAUGGAAGAUCCUUCACUCUUGCCAACACAGCCAAGUAUAAGGUUCACGCUCCAAGCACCGGAGGUGGUAAGGAAGGAACCUAUACCAAGGAGUCUGGAUUUUUGGCCUAUUAUGAAAUUUGCGAACUCCUUCAGAAUGGUGCCAGUUACGUGUUCGAUGAGGAAAUGAAAGUGCCAUAUGCAGUCUAUGGGGAUCAAUGGAUAGGAUUCGAUGAUGAGAAAUCCAUCAGAAUCAAGAUGAACUGGAUUAAGGAAAGUGGUUUUGGUGGAGCCAUGGUGUGGACGGUAGACAUGGAUGACUUCUCUGGUACAGUGUGUGGUGGAGAGGUCAAAUAUCCACUGAUCGGUGCUAUGAGGGAAGAGCUCAGAGGUAUAUCCAGAGGAAAAGAUACCAAAGACAUCGAUUGGGCUAAGGUUGCCGGAGGCAUUGAAGAUGAGGAAGAGGAAGAAGAAGUUGUAGAAAAACCUGCUCCUAUUAAAAUCAAUCCCUCAGAGGUCAUCAAGAGAAUAAGGAAACCAGGAAAGAAAUCAUCAGGAAAAUCAGCCAUUAACAAGAAAAUUCGAAAACCACAGGUCUUCUGCUAUAUGACCAGUUGGUCUCAAAAACGCCCCAGUGCCGGAAAAUUCACUCCCGAAGAUAUAAACCCCAGCCUUUGCACCCACGUUGUGUACGCAUUUGCUACUCUGAAAGAUCAUAAGCUGACGGAAUCUAGCGACAAGGAUCCAGAAAUGUACGAGAGGGUGAUUGCAUUGAGGGACAAGAAUCCAGAUUUGAAAAUUCUACUAGCCAUCGGAGGAUGGGCUUUCGGAUCAACACCCUUCAAAGAACUCACCGGAAACGUCUUCAGAAUGAACCAGUUCGUGUACGAUGCCAUAGAAUUCCUCAGAGACUACCAGUUUAAUGGUCUGGACGUUGAUUGGGAAUAUCCACGAGGAGCUGACGAUCGGGCAGCUUACCUGAAUCUGCUCAAGGAGCUGAGGGUUGCUUUCGAAGGUGAAGCCAAGACUAGCGGACAGCCGAGACUUCUCCUAACGGCGGCAGUGCCAGCAUCUUUCGAAGCCAUAGCUGCAGGAUAUGACGUUCCCGAAAUUUCUAAAUAUUUGGACUUCAUCAACGUCAUGACCUACGAUUUCCAUGGGCAGUGGGAAAGGACAGUUGGACAUAACUCACCCCUGUUUCCUUUAGAGAGCGCAACUGGAUAUCAAAAGAAAUUGACUGUUGAUUAUUCUGCGAGGGAAUGGGUGAAACAGGGAGCCCCCAAGGAGAAACUCAUGAUAGGAAUGCCAACAUAUGGUAGAAGCUUCGAAUUGGUCAAUGUCACUCAAUUCGAUAUUGGAGCACCAGCGAGUGGCGGUGGAACUCCCGGAAAAUAUACUGCAGAAGCAGGUUUUAUGAGCUACUACGAAAUUUGCGAUUUUCUUCAAGAGGACAACACAACACUGGUUUGGGACAAUGAGCAGCAAGUGCCCUUCGCAUACAGGGGAAAUCAAUGGGUUGGAUUCGAUGACGAGAGAAGUCUUAAGACUAAGAUGGCAUGGUUGAAGGAAGAAGGAUUUGGUGGAAUAAUGAUAUGGUCUGUAGAUAUGGAUGAUUUCAGAGGGUCUUGUGGAAGUGGAAAAUAUCCACUUAUAAAUGCCAUGAGGCAGGAGUUGGAAGACUACAAAGUGAAACUAGAGUUUGAGGGGCCCUAUGAAACCUCUGUCAGCUCAGGGCAAUAUACGACAAAAGAUCCGAACGAGGUCACAUGUGAAGAGGAAGAUGGCCACAUAAGUUAUCAUCCAGAUUUGGCCGACUGCACCCACUAUUUCAUGUGCGAAGGGGAAAGAAAACAUCACAUGCCAUGUCCAUCCAAUCUUGUGUUCAACCCCGAUCAAAACGUUUGUGAUUGGCCAGAAAACGUAGCUAGUUGUUCGCAACACACCCAAAAGCCACCAACCGACAGGAGAAGAUAAGCAUCUUUGUCUGGAAUACUGCAUGAGAGUGUUGUACUGGGAGGAAAAAUUGGAUAACUUAUCUGAAUAAUUCGUCAUAUUGACUACGUUAUUUAUAUCUAUUUGUUCUUUGCGAGCAUGUUGAAUUUUUUUUUUUU